GCCGUGCCCCGGGGCGCUGCCGGUGCCGGCGCCGCCGAUGGCGCCGCGGUUCGGGCCGCUGCAGCUGGCGCUGGCGGCCGCGGGGACGGCGUCGGCGGCGCUGGACGUGUGCGCGGACGGGUGGGUGGCGGCGGGGUACGCGCGGGGCGGGCGGCCCGGCCUGGCCGCGCUGGUGCUGGCGCUGCGCGCCGCCGGCUCGGUCGCCACCCAGGCCUGCAGCUGGCUGUGGCUGCGCUCCGACCCGCCCGCCCUGCGCCCCGCCGCGUCCCCGGCGCUGCUCAACGCCCUCCACCUCCUUCAGCUCGGCUUCCUCUUCAGGUGCCUCCAUGCGCUGAAGGUGGGCUGGAAUGUGUGUUGGGCGGCGGAGGAGGAAGACGAGGAGCAGAGCCGUAUGGCCUUCCUGUCCCACGACAUCAGCAUGCUGCGCCUCUUCGAGACCUUCCUGGAGAACACCCCGCAACUCACCCUGCUCCUCUACGUUAUCCUGCAGACCAACAAGGCAGAGCCCUCCCAGGGACUGGGGCUCUGCACCACGUUCCUGUGUGUGACCUGGUCUCUACUGGACUAUCACCAGUCCCUGCGCUCCUUCUUGCAGGACAAGUACGAGCUGAGCGUGAGCUCCUCCGUCGUCUACUUCUUGUGGAACCUCUUGCUCAUCUGUCCCCGCAUCCUGACGGUCACCCUCUUUGCCCUGCUCUGGCCCUACGCCGUGGCUGUGCACUUCCCACUCGUGUGGCUGGCCAUGUUCCUCUGGGUCAGCCUGCAGGGCACGGACUUCAUGGAGUCGCCCGGCCCUGAGCAGCUCUACCGGGCCAUCGUGGCCGUGGUCCUCUACUUCAGCUGGUUCAACGUGUCCCAGGGGAGGACGCUGUAUCGCAGCAUCAUCUACCACGGCUUCAUCCUGGUGGACAGCACGCUGCUGGCCCUGUCCUGGCUCUGGUGCCGGUCCCCCUCUGACGAGCACUCCUACCUCAUCCCGGUGGUCUCUGCCGCCCUGCCCUGCUACCUGCUGGGGCUGGCGCUGAGGGUCACCUACUACAAGUGGCUGCACCCCAACCUGCGGGCACGGCGGGAAGGCGGCUUUGACGAGGUGGAUGCCAACAGGCGGAGCAGUGGGAUGGAGCUUCCCUCGCCCUUGGAGCCAGACCUCGUGAACAAGCGGAUGCGGUGGCUGGCCCAGACCCAGUUCUCCAUCUCCUGGCCAGUGGGGCAGCACUCCCUGAAUGGGGCUGCUGCUGUCGAGUCUGCUGUCUGAGGCUGGUUCCUCCAGAGUGACUUGCCCAGGAGCUGAUUUGUUCAUCCUGCUCCUGGUUCUGUUCCCCCGGGGCUGUUGUUUUGGGCAGCUGGAGGGACCUGGCAGAAAAUGGGGUGGUGUGUCCCACAUCUCCCAUGGCUGUGCCCAUGGGGACAGCCACGGUGCUGGGGGGUCCAGCACACAUGUGGCUGCGUUGCCCUGUGGCUUCUCCCUCUAUUUAUUAGCUUUUUCCAAAAAAACCCAAAAAGCAAAGCAGUGGUGUGUUCUCUGUGUGCUGCUGCAGGAGCAGGGUCCCUGCUUGGUCUGAGCUGUCUGUUCUCAAGCAGGACCUUCCUCAUGCUUUGCUGUUGAGGUCACAGACUGCCUGUUAUCCAUGUAUUCAGGGAGGGACAGCGCUGUGCUGGGAGGACGGCUGCAGGGCAGGUCAGUACAGACACCUCGGGGUCCCUUUGCUGCGUUCCUGCUGAUGCUGUGACCAGGCUGGAGCUGGCCAUGGCCAGUUCUCAGCUGUAGGUGUGUGAUGUGGUCACUGAGGUCCCGCAGGACCUUGGCAGGGGCUGUGGACUGGGUGAUCUCCAGAGGUCCCUUCCACCCCUUCAUGGUGCUGUGGGGCACCGGCACCAGCUGCUUCCCUCUGGAGCUGCCCCCAGCUCCGUGCCACAACCUGAGCAGAGCCUAGGGCAGCCGCUGGCUCCUUGUGCUGUUCCCGGGCAGCACAUCCCAGCUGCUCCCCCCAUCAUCACCCACCCUCCCGGCGGGACCCUGUCCCGGGAGGGGACCCCCCCACAGCAGGGCAGGGCUGGGGGGAGGCAGCUCCCUUCACCACUGCUCCUAUGGCAAGAUAAGGCCGAGGCCAAGGCCGGCGGAUGGGAGGAGGGCUGGCUGCUGCUGCUGCUGCUGCUGUGAAAAGGGAAGGGAAGGUUUGUGCAGGACUAUCCAAGCACCAUGUGCCCCCCCCCGGGCACCAGAGCAGAGCCCAGGAGCUGGUACCUCUGGUUGCUUCCACCAUUGGCUCCCACAGGAACCCCCCUAACGCUGCUGGUGCCCCCAAGCCCAGCCCAGGCGCGUGCAGGGGACAGGGGCUUUGGGGGGGUGUGUCAGAGACCAGGCUGAAGCAGUGACUAUAGAAAAUAAAGACUUUAUUUGUUUUUCCAGUUCAUAGGACAGUUCCCAUUGCAGACCAUGAACAGGCAAUGGCUCCGCAGCCAGCGGUGCCCAGGGCUCAUCCUGAUCCCGCUGCAGAGGGGCCGGGAGCACAGCAGGGGCUGCACUGGGGGUGCUGCUGCUCCCAGCUCGCCCCUGGAGGCAGCGAACAGAGCGGAGCAGGGGGGGUUUAAGCCCCAGUGGCUGUGGUGAAGCUGGAGGGGAGGCAGCAGCCCCGCUGCCAUCCCUGUGCUGGGUUUGGCACCAGGUCAGGAACAGGAGAGCAGAGACAAGAAAAUCAACAGAGGGACAGAGCUGCUGCUCCGGCCCCACAGGAGAUGGGAAAAGCCUUAAUCCAGCCAGGAGGGGGAAAAACAAACCAGCCAGGGCAACCUUUAUUAAACAUGAACACAGGAACGUACCAACAACCUCUGGUUAGAAAAGGACUUUACAUACAUUCAAGGAAACGUGUAUAAAUAUCCGUGUGGAGCAUCCCUGGCUGCAGCGGUUCCACACUUGAGGAAAAAGUCUGCUGAAAUCUUAGAAUUUCCUUAAAACCAUUUGAAGUAAAGGCAGCUGAAGCCGAGCUGGGGGUCCCUGGGGUCUGCACCCCCUCUGCAGCCUGCUGCGGGCCCUGGGGAACUGGAUGGUGGGAGGUUAAGGCACAGGGUUUAA